UAAGUUUUUAUCUAUCGAAACGGUUCUCAUAAAACGUAAAAUGUGGCUAUUAUUAAAGUCCCAUCGAUAUAGGGAAUCAGAUUUUUAGGACGUUAAUUUCUUUAAACAAACGGAUUUUUAAAAUUUCGUGAAAAGUUUAGUUUGAAAAGUGAAGCGGAAAUGUCUAAAUCAUCAUCUGAAGUAACACUAAAGCGAAUGGAAACGGCUAAAACUAUAGUGGCAGAUGACAGAGUACACCGAGCUUUGCUUGAUGAACAUAUAACUCCAGAAGAUUGGAAAAAAGCGAGAGAAGAACUAAAUGAAACACCGGAAACCAGACUAGCAGCUCUUAGAGCUUUCAAAGAAAAGGUAACAGAGGAAAAGGAUUACGUAGCUCGUACUGAUGACAUAUACGUACUACGCUUCUUGAGGACGAGAAAAUUCGACUUGGAACGAGCCGUCAAGCUCAUGAGAGAUCAUUACAAGUUCAGAGCGAAGCAUCCCGCAAUCUUUCCAGCGCCUUCCACAGUGGAGAAAGCGUUGAAAGCCAAUAUUUUCAACUACUUGCCACACAGGGAUCAUAAAGGCCGAGCGAUAUUCGUUGUCAAGAUGGGUGAAUGGAACCCUGACGAGGUACCCUACCAUGAUUUCGUGGCAGCUGGAAACUUGGUAAGCGAGUACGUUCUCGACAAUCCAGUCACGCAAAUAAAUGGAUAUAUAGGAAUCUGGGAUUUUAAAGGUUUCGGCUUGAAACAGUUCGUUCCAUUUUGUUCUCCGAAAAACGCUUGGCUGCUCUGCAACCUUAUGCAGGACCGUUUUCCUGCCAGAUUCAAGAUUGCAUACUGUGUUAACUGUCUGCAACUUGUAAACACUACUUGGGGCCUUUUCAAACCAUUGUUGAAAGAAAAAUUCAGAAACAGGGUGAAAAUACUGAGCACAGAUAUGAAAGAAUUGCAUCAGUUUGUGGAUCCCAGCAUUCUUCCGAUAGAGUAUGGAGGCGUUAUGCCGCCUUCCGAUUGUCAAGAGAUGGCACAAAUGGUACUGGACAAGGAACAGUACUUUAACUUCAAUCGCAAGUUUGGGUUUCCCGCCAAAGAAAACCACAAGGUCCAUGACGUUUGAUCCACUGGGUGCAACUAUGAAAUUCCUGAUAUUACCAAUGCAUCAUGGUCAAUUUCGAACGCGCUAAGACAGGAAGGAUUCAGAAACACAGUUAACCAAGUCCAAAAUGUUGUUAGGAUGCAAUCACAAAUAUUAAAAGUGAAUCCAAAAAAAAAUAAAAUUGCCUUGAAUCACACAUACUGACUGUGCUUGCUUAUGAGAUUUAUACAGAAAUGAAACUGUAAUAAUUAUUCUAUUAACUAUCUGUUGAAAGAUAUGAGCAUUAACUCAGCAACUAAUGUACAUGUACCAUUCAUUCAGAGCUAGUAUAUAUUCACACAAGAGGCUGGACCGAAAUAACUCAACAUGAAAAGCAUGCUUAAGGGAUGGGAUAUCUUCAAAGAAUGCUUUCUGGGAGAAACUCGUCAGAGAAAUUGGAUUGGAUUCAUUAUUCGGGUUACGAAAAUAAGAACUAUUUAUCAUACAUGCUCCGCCUUUAGACACUACUCGUGCUUGCUCCUUUACGUCAUAUUAGUCGAAAAUGCUCCUCGGAGAGCAGUUUAGAAUGUCACCCUUGCCUCUCACCCUUGGUAUCCCAUUCCAGUGCUAGUCGGAUUUCUAAAUUUCAAUUCUUUCCUCACCCCCCAAAGUUACCCCGGAUUCCCAAGGUCACCAAUUCUGGGGCCACGGAGAUUAUGAAGGUUGUGGGGCUUACCAAAGCCACUUUUGGUUACUGCACUACAUACUCGGAUGGCACACACCAAUACCCUCCCCGACAGCAUGGGCUGCCCUUUUCAGCAGCAAGAGCCAGAACAAUGCUUUUUAUGCCCUCAGUGCCGAGACUAUAUUAAACCUCUGGGGUAGAUUAAGGAAAAGCACAUUAGCUCUAUCUAUCUGCUUAAGAGCAAUGCUACCUUUGGAUCCUCAGAUUCAUGUUAUGUAUAACUAAAAAAAAAAACACUCGGAAACUAGCCCGUUCGACAGAAUUUUAACAGGACUUGAUAUAAAAAACUGACCUGCGUUUUAAGAUAUAAAAUCCCCAAACCUCAUACAUCCAUUAAAAGAUCCAUCCAUUCCAUUCAAAGAUCGGAACAAACUACCAGCAUUACCGCAGGUUUAUCUCCUCGGCCACUGGUGAACCCAAACUACGAAGUAAGAAAAGUAAUAUUCAAAAUACGCAGCGCCGAAUGGUGGGGGAAAAAAUAUAAGUUUGAGCGCGAGGACAUUCAAUUCAUAAAGUCAGUUACAAUAUAAAAUAAUAUAAUGUAAACGUGGACUUGGUUCUCUUUUACUCUGAAGCCAUUGCAUGUUUUUAGAGGCAUUUUGAUAAUGGAAGAACUGCUGCAAUAGCAAAGAAUAUGGACCACAUGGACUUAUUUAUUGCUUUUAUUGUAUUUAUUGCUGCUGUAUUUAAAGUGGACUAUUGGCAAACGUUGCAAUUUUAAUUUGUAAUAAAACAUGUAACAUUCAUUUAAUCAAGUAAAUGUUAUUUAGUAAUAAAAUGAUUAUUUUUCACUCUGA